UGCUUUAUACAGCAAUGCAUUUGCAAUAAUUCACUUUUUAAAUAGAAAGCUCACAAAACAAAUAAGCAGAGAAAAAAGAGUAAAGGAAAAAAGGUCGAGAAAACACAGAAGAGUUAGACAAACAGCAAAAACUGUUACAUCUAUGGACAAUAUUUCAACUGAUGUGUAUUUAAAUACUUUCAUGUAAAAAAUCCUUUUAUGUUUUGUGACUUGGAAUGUUAGGAGGCAGGGAAAGAAGAUGAAGGUAAAAGAGACAUGAUUCCAGAACAAAUGAUGAAAGUGGAACUCACUUUUAUCAUUACAAACACCACACCAUACUGUCCUCACAUUUUUAGACAGAUCUGUGAAAAGAAAGCGUAAUGAAAAGCGAUGGAUGUUGUUUUGUACUAAACACAGCACUACAGCCUGUGGAAUUCCAUCCAAAUCAACACUAACGACAUCAACUGAGAAACAGACUCAACAGUGAUAGAGAUCAGGAAGACAAUGAACAUCCAGAGCCCAAAGUCGGGGCUGGACCUGUGGACAUCACAGGGGGACUCAGAGGUAAGUCUGAGGAUCGGAGAGUCUGGUCUGGCCGCUGAGACUCCAGUGACGGUCCACCAGUUGUUCGCCGCAGCUGUGGAGAGCUAUGGCCAACAUACGGCUCUGAGCUGGAAGGACGGUCAGCUAUACAAGAAGCUCAGCUACAGGGAGUACUAUCAGAACUGUCGCACUGCUGCCAAGAGCUUCCUCAAGCUUGGUUUGCAGCGUUACCAUGGCGUCGGCAUCCUAGGCUUCAACUCUCCCGAGUGGUUCAUCGCCGACCUUGGUGCCAUUUUCGCAGGAGGUUUCGCUGUAGGCAUCUACGCCACCAACUCUGCUGAAGCCUGCCAGUAUGUGGCAGCAAACUGCAAGGCCAACAUACUAGUGGUGGAGAACCAAAAGCAGCUGCAGAAAAUCCUGCAGGUAGAGGGCAGGCUUCCAGACUUGAAGGCCAUUAUAAUGUACAAAGAAACACCUAAAGAGAAAAGACCAAAUACAUUCACAUGGAAGCAGUUCAUGGACCUGGGUCGUAACGAGCCUGACCCUCCACUCGAUGCCAUCCUCUCCAGCCAGAAACCGAACCAGUGCUGCACCCUCAUCUACACCUCAGGAACUACAGGCCAGCCCAAAGGAGUCAUGCUGAGCCAUGACAAUCUGACUUGGACCGCACUCUCCGUCAGCCGUCACACAAAACUGAACAGAGCCAACCAGAAUCAGGAGGUGUUUGUGAGCUACCUACCCCUGAGCCACAUCGCAGCUCAGAUGGUGGACAUCUGGAUCGCUCUCAAGGUCGGAGCAGUCACCUACUUCGCCCAACCAGAUGCCCUGAAGGGGUCUUUGGUAAACACUCUACAGGAAGCUCGUCCUACUGCCAUCCUGGGGGUCCCUCGUGUUUGGGAAAAGAUGCAAGAGAAGAUGAAGGCGAAAGGAGCCAGGUCAUGCACGGUGGCAAAGAUGGUGGUGGCGUGGGCCAAAGGAGUGGGACUGAGGAACAACAUCAUCAAGAUGGACCUAAGUGGAGCUCUCAGACACGAACCAAUCACGUAUUACAUAGCCAAGAAGCUAAUAUUUAAAAGAGUGCGAAGUGCCCUGGGCCUGGACCGCUGCACAAAGUGCUUCACAGGAGCGGCACCCAUCUCCAGAGACACCCUGGAGUUCUUCCUCAGUCUGGAUAUCCCACUAUACGAGCUGUACGGCAUGAGUGAAUGUUCCGGACCUCAUACUAUUUCAAUCCCCACUGCCUUCAGAAUCACCAGCUGUGGUAAGGAGAUCCCAGGCUGCAAGACCAAGCUUUAUAACCCAGACCAGGAGGGAAUCGGUGAAAUCUGCUUCUGGGGUCGACACGUCUUCAUGGGUUACCUCAACAUGGCUAAGAUGACACAGGAGGCCGUGGAUGCAGACGGCUGGCUGCACUCAGGUGACCUGGGCAAACAGGACAGGAACGGAUUCCUCUACAUCACCGGAAGAAUUAAAGAGCUGAUCAUCACAGCAGGAGGAGAAAACAUCCCUCCAGUUCCCAUCGAGGAUGCAGUCAAAGAGGUAGUGCCACUGAUCAGCAACGCCAUGUUGAUUGGAGACAGGAAGAAGUUUCUGUCCAUGCUGCUCACUGUUAAGUGCCAGGUUAACGCAGAGUCUGGAGAACCAGAGGACGAUCUGACUCCAGAGGCCGUGCAGUUUUGUAGGAGCUUCGGCAGCAACGCCACAAAGGUUUCAGAGAUCGCAGGAGGUCGAGACCAGGCCGUGAACAAGGCCAUUCAGGAGGGAAUCAACAGAGUCAACGAGAAGGCCACGUCUAAUGCCCAACGCAUCCAGAAGUGGACCAUUCUGGAUCAUGACUUCUCCAUGAUUGGUGGAGAACUGGGCCCUACCAUGAAACUGAAGCGUCCGGUGGUGAUGAACAUGUACAAAGACAAGAUUGAGGAAAUGAUGAAAAAUGUACGCAUCAACACCCAGUCUGCCCAACUUUGACGAAGUACGGCCUCUGAAAUAGAGAGAGUGCAGACCGCAAAACAAUUGUGCAGAUGAAUGGAUUUGUUUUGUUGUACGAAAAAUUUCUGCAUGUGAAUGAAGCUCAACGAGCUGACAGACGCAGCAUCUGUGUUUCUCUAAUACUAGAAAUGGAAUUUAUAUUGAAUAUACGUCGUCUUUCUUUGUGCUUCAAAUAAAGAAAUGUGCAAAACA